GGGCGGUGUAGGCGUUGCCGCACGCGCUCCCGGGUGUGACUCUUCCGCAGUCCCGUUCACUUACUUUAUUGCCCUGGCUUGAAACGCGAGUGUCCCGCGCGCACGCGAGCCUGUACGCGCGGUGCGUGACUGGACGGCAGCGAUCGGGAGGAGAGCCCCAUCAUGCUUGUUUCCAGGGUAAAGAAUCAUGCCAUCAGACAGCAUCGCGUCCUCCUCAGCCUCGUGGUGCUGGGCUUCCUCAUCUGGCGGAGCAGCAGCAGGUUUUGGUUUUUCAGAGUUCGGGUGACAGACAUGCCUGCUGUGAGGGUGGAAGGGCUGAACGCGAACUCGUCCCGGUUCACUCUGAACGGUGAGCCGAUCCGCAUCCUGGGGGGCUCCAUGCACUACUUCCGUGUGCCGAGGGCCUACUGGAGUGACCGCAUGGUGAAGAUGAAAGCCUGCGGGCUCAACACCGUCACCACGUAUGUCCCAUGGAAUCUGCAUGAACCAGAAAGGGGAGCCUUCAAAUUCCACGGUCAGCUGGAAUUAGAGGCGUUCAUCAAUGAGGCGGCGCGGGUGGGACUCUGGGUGAUUCUACGUCCGGGACCCUACAUCUGUGCUGAGUGGGACCUAGGAGGCCUGCCCAGUUGGCUUCUACGUGACAAAAACAUGAAGCUAAGAACCACCUACCCAGGCUUCACAGCGGCGGUCAACUCCUAUUUGGACAAACUCAUCCCAAGAGUUGUGCCGCUACAGUACAUGAAGGGAGGUCCAAUCAUUGCAUUCCAAGUGGAGAAUGAAUAUGGUUCCUAUGGAAAUGACAGCCAAUACAUGUCUUUCAUCAAAGAGGCCCUGGUGUCCAGGGGAAUCGAGGAGCUGCUGGUGACAUCGGACAACCGCCAGGGACUGCACCGCGGGGGUCUCAAAGGAGUCCUGAAGACCAUCAAUCUGCAGAAAAUACAUCCCGAGGUCCUACGGCAACUAGAGGCCGCACAACCGGACCGGCCGAUGAUGGUGAUGGAGUACUGGUCAGGCUGGUUCGAUGUCUGGGGAGGUCUCCACCAUGUCUUUGAAGCUGAUGAAAUGGUACCGGUGAUAGCAGAACUUCUCAGCCAAGGGAUGUCCAUCAACCUGUACAUGUUCCAUGGGGGUACGAACUUCGGCUUCAUGGGUGGGGCGCUAGGCAACCAGCCGUACAGGCCCAUGAUCACGAGCUACGACUACGAUGCGCCCCUCUCCGAAGCGGGGGACUACACCCCAAAGUAUCAUCGUCUGAGGACUUUGUUCAGGGGAUAUCAAAGCGAUAAUUUACCAAUGAUGCCCAAAAGUCAGCAGAAGAAGCCAUACAAGGCAGUCACUGUAUUCCAGCACCUUUCCCUCUGGGAGGCCCUGGUGUAUCUGGAGAAGCCUCAUCAUUCACUGAGACCGGUCAAUAUGGAAAACCUCCCUGUGAACAAUGGCAAUGGCCAGGCCUAUGGGUACACUCUCUAUGAGACCGCUAUCACCAGCGGAGGAACUCUCAACUCCAAGAACAAUGUCCGUGAUAAGGCUCUGGUAUUUGUGGACAAAGUUUUUAUUGGUGUUCUGGACUAUAAGACCCUGGAGCUGGCAGUGCCUGAUGGGAAGGGAGAACGAAUACUGAGUUUGCUUGUGGAAAACUGUGGCCGAGUGAACUUUGGAAAAGACCUGAAUAACCAGCGCAAAGGUUUGGUUGGUGAUAUUGUGUUGAACAAUACCCCAUUAAGGAAUUUCAACAUAUUCAGCCUGGACAUGAAGCCGGACUUCAUAGAAAGACUUCAGAGUACAAAGCAAUGGAAAUCGGUCCCCAAAAUGCUCACCUACCCAGCAUUUUUCCAAGGCAAACUGUGGGUGAGCGGAUACCCUGCUGACACUUUCAUCAGGCUGUCGGGCUGGAGUAAAGGGGUCGUCUUUAUAAAUGGGCAGAAUCUUGGACGCUACUGGUCCAUUGGACCCCAGCAGACUCUCUAUCUUCCAGGUCCCUGGCUCAAGAGAGGAGUAAAUCAGAUCAUUGUUUUUGAAGAACAAGAAGCUGAUGUGAGCAUUCAGUUCACUGACACUCAUGACCUGGGAAUGACUAUUGACGUUUAAGGAAAAACAGCCAAGGAAUCUUGAUGUGAUGUUUUCUUCAUCGGCCUCAUUGUUGAGGAAAGGGAAUCUCUCCCUUGCUCACUGUGUGAUGUAGACAGGAGUAAUACAAACUGAGCAUGUUUACAUUUUAAGUAAGAACUGAUUGCACUGAUUUAUAUAGGCACCAUGUGCUUGGUUGAGUCUAGUUUUGUGUAUCCAUGUUUGUUUCAAGAUCUUUAUUUAAAAAAGUCAGGUUUUUUAGAGAAAAACAAAUUAAAAACAUAACAAUGCAACACUAAUCACUAAAGGACAACAAAAAAGUCCUGGUUUGUAUAUUUUGCAUAUCUUAUUCAGUUGAAUGUAAUAUAAAACUGAAAGGGGUCUUCUGGUUGUUUUUUUCUUUGUAAUUUCAAAUUUUUUGUCAUUCAUGUUUGCAUGCGGUGUAGCUAUUUUCUGGAUGUGAUUGAUCCAACUGUGUUUUUAUUUAAAAUAUUCUUAAAGCACUUGUGCCAGUUUUUAAAGAUUAUUUGGAAAUUCAACAAUCUGAGUACAAAUAAAAGAUAAAGUAUAGUAGGAGAAAAGUAAUAAAGGAUUUUGGAGAAAAAAUACUUCAGAUUUUCAGUUUGUUCGUCCUAGUAAAUAUGUUUUCAAUUUGGCCACAAAAGGCUUGUAAUUUAUGUCACAAACCACUUCCUACCUGAACUUUACUGAUCUCCUCAUUAUUGAUUUGUGAAAUGUUACAAACAUAAAAUGUUUAAUGUGAGCACAAUGCAAUAAAUGCCUCAUUUCCUUGGAACCCUUUUGUAUUCACAGCAAACUUUUCUCUGUGAAUAUCAAACAUCCAAUAAUUGUGACAUGUAUUUUCUACUUAUGCUUCCUAUGUACAAGUUACACUAAAAACUUUCCUUUCUAUCAGCUUC